GCAUUUUAGAAGCUAAGAUCAGCCUGUUAGCCGUAUAGCUACUUUCUGCUACUUGUCAGUGCAAGAGCAAGCAAUCGUCUUCCAUGCUACACUACCGAGUGAUGUUUAACGUUCUUGUACACUGUUUUGUGAACGUUUGUUUAGCCCACUUGAUAUGUCGUAGGCCUAUAAACGAUUUUUUUAGCAAGAGUCACUCCCCUCUUGAAACAGUCAGGACACCAUUGCUGAGAUUAUUACUCUACUACUUCGUAAACCGUGUCAUGUUAACAGUGCCAAAUGCACUCACAAUUUGUCAUGGUUUUACUCCAGUGCUAAGGUUUCUUUUAAGAUUAAGAAAUUGGCUUCAUCUGCGUUGGCCAUUCUACAUGCGUGUAACCAAUUGUCAAGUUUACUUAGAGACGAGGGCUAUUUUUGCUAACUGUCCUACUUUCGUUCUGGGUUGCCAAGGGUUAUGUUAAUAGUGGGAUGUAAAUUCGAAAUACACAGGAUAAGCAAAUAAAAGCAUGCAUUUGAUUACUGGUAGGAAACGUUCUGGAUAGAAGUAGUUAAUUAUCGGUAAAAGCUAGUCAAUUAGGUAUUAUUUUCACCACGUAAAGUAAACCAUAGUCCACGGGUGGAGAAACCUAUGUCAUUUCAGUUUACAUAUAUUUGAAACAUGUACAAAUUUAAGAAAUUAAAGGUUUUUAGAGUGACCCAGCCAGACCCAAAUCCAUGGUGAAAUCUAUGAGCUGUCCUCACAAAUAACAUACAGUAUUUAGGACUAGUAUUUAUUAAAUUAGCAGAUUUCACUGGGUAACAUUAUGUUGUUUUAGGUGUGAAAGUGCCAAAUCGAACAGAUGUUGUUUUUAACUUAUUUCAGACUACAGAAUCCCAGACUGAUCUCAUUUAUCUCUAUUGAGUCAACUUUUUUUUUUCUUCUUCCCACACCAGAGUUUACCUACUUACUCUGUUGUUACUACUAAAGAUGCACCGAUACUGGUAUCGGCUGGGGGUGCCGAUCCAGCCCGAAAUGGUGGUAUCGGUAUCGGCGAGUACCAACAAAGACGGCACCGAUACCAUUUACCGGUCCAUUAUUAUAACAUUUGACCGCAGCCUUUUUUUCCUCCUGGCGCUUACUACACUGUCUCUGUGUUGUGUGAUGACACGUGACCACCAAGCAGCUAUCGCUAUUGGCCUGCUCCAGACCAAUGAGAGCGGGCCAAUAGCCACUCCUAACCAAUGACAAGGCCGCUUUUUCAUAUGGAGGAAAUGCAAACCAGGAGAAAUGGCGGCGGUUGGGAAGUAUUUCAAAAUAGAAAUCCCGUCGAUUAAAAUCAAUAGCUGCAUACAAGAUUUGCGGCCUGAAAGUUUCGAGAUGUGGAGUUAAAUCGGCCAAUUUCAAUACCUCGAACCUGAUAAAACAUUUGAAGACGAAAUAUAAACGAACACAACGAGUUUGAGCCUGCAAGAGCAGGACUGGUAUCCAGAGGAAGGGCGUUGGACCGGAGCAACAAUCUCUGGCUUUUGCUUGUGUCCCAGAUGAUGUGAAGCAUCAGAUCCUUUAGAGAUCACGAUGACUGAAGUUCAGGCCACGGUGGAGUUCUCGGUGGAGCUCCAUAAAUUUUACAAUGUUGACCUGUUCCAAAGAGGGUUCUACCAGAUUCGUGCCAGUAUGAAGAUUCCACCCCGGGUGCCACACAAAAUUGAAGCCAGUCUUCUUCAUCCAAGCGGUUCUGACCUUGCAUUUCCUGCUUUAGUCCAAGACGAUGUCAUCUCCAGCAAAACGUUUCAGAUUCUGUACAAGAACGAAGAGGUUGUUGUCAAUGAUGUACUCCUCUUCAAAGUCAUGAUGCUUCUGGAUGAAAAAAAGGUGGAAGAGUCUGUCUCUAAUAUGGAUUUCCAGCUCAUCUUGGAUCUGUAUUUCACUGAUGGUGAUUACACACCAGAUGACCCAAGCUCUUUACAGAAUAUCAGCAGCCGCACACUUCGUUUGCACUUAAGCCUUCAGCGAGGCAUCCACCAGCACAUCAAUGUCAUGUUUGACUACUUCCACCUUUCUGUAAUUUCUGUAGCUAUUCAUGCCUCCCUUGUGGCACUACAUCAACCACUCAUCAGUUUUCCUCGGCCAGUAAAGAACACAUGGCUUAAUCGCAAUGCUCCCGUACAAACCAAGGACUCAGUCAUCCCACCUUUAGAGAAUGUGGUGUUUGGCAGCAAUUAUGUCAAACAAGUGUCACCAGAUGGCAGGUCAUUUCUGGUAUCUGACCACUGUGUGCAGCAUGCCCUCAGCCUCCACUAUAACAUGUGUUCCAGUCUCCUACUUGCCUACCAGGGCCUGUUUGAUUACUUCACCAAUCUCACUAAGGACCUGCCAUCCUCCCAUCGUAUGGAACUAGCCAAGCCCAGCAUGCAGGUCCUAUAUGAGCGAGUACUAAGAAGACCCUAUCCUCGAAGUCAAAGGCACGUCUACAUAGAAAAACUUGACUUGGAGGCCCGCCUUGCUGAGUUAUGCGAACAAGUAAAGCAAAAAGCAGAGUCACCUGAUGAGUUGGCAGAACUGGUUAACAUGAAUCUGGCCCAGCUCUGCUCUCUGCUCAUGGCUCUCUGGGGACAGUUUCUUGAGAUCGUUUCCCUGCAGGAGCAAGUUGCUGCACUUCUAGCUGCGGAACACCACACACUAAGAGUGAGGCGGUUUGCUGAGGCUUUCUUCUGUCUCCAACAUCCAAGACAGUCUGCUUUGGCAUAUCAGGAAUUAUAUGCUCACAGUCACCAGCAAAUGACAAAUGCCAUCAAAAGUUCCAGCUACUUUCUAUCUCUGCCUCCACUUCCAGUGGAAUGUGCGGAUUUGGAUGGUGACAUCAGCUCUCUUCCUAUCAUUUUUGAAGAUCAAUACUUAGAUUCUGUGACCGAAGAUCGUGAUGGACCCUGGCUGGGCAUGCACAACACACGAUCUGGUUCAGUGCCAAGUAAAUCCGAUAAAUCUAGUUCCAAGGACUAUGUUGCAGUUACCAGUCUACCACCACCUGAUUCUCAAUGUGCUUCCGGGAAUAAAACCUGGACAGACAGCUUUGAGCCACCCCCAAGAUCAAAAGGAAAAUCGGUCAAACUGAAGAAAAAUUCAAAGAUUGAGAAUUCCAAGAAGCUGAUUAGGCAAGGUUCCAAGGACUCAGUGGUUCUGGUAGGUUAUAAAAACCUUAAAGCUCCUUUUGCUGAUCAGAGCACCAAGUACAAGGAAGGCGAGGCACCCCUGAACUCAGAGGAUCAGGACGUAUUGCAGGUGGACUCCAUUAGUUGUUUAAGGACUAAUGAUAUUUCUUUCUCCGACCCUGAUGCCUCAUCAUCAAACUUUGCAAGGAGUGUGCUUGAUUCUGUUUCUGAUGAUAAUAGAACUUCUACUGCUGCUACUCUUCAGAGAGGCACCGAAACUCUCUCUUUGUGCCAUCAACAAUUGAACAAUGAUGACCAAGUUGACAAUUGUCAUCAAAAACUAAUGCAGUGUUCUGCUGGACCUAAGCAAAUUGAAGUUAAACCAAGUCUCAAGAACCAAGGUGGCAUCGUCACAGUUAUUAGGCCAUGUCAGACUGAUGCGACUAUGGAUAGCAAUAUUCCAGAAAUUGCCCAGGCUGAAUGUUACUCUAAUCUGUCUGAGGUGGAAACAACACAACAGUGCCAGCAUUCCUGUCCGGUUUCGGUACAGGUAAAGAGUGAUUGUAUCAGGCUGCCCGAUGGAGCAGCCCCGAGUGCCUCUUCCCGCCUCUCAGACUCUGGCAUUGAGAGUGAGCCCAGUUCCUUUGCAGCUCAACUUGUUUCAGGGCCACAGAUUGUUCAAGAACUCGCAGUUGAGUCAACUAUGGCUGGCCUGCAGCCAGAGAAAACUACAGUCAGUUGUGCACUCAGACCUGUCCAGCAAAGUAUAGUGCAAGAGCACUGUAAGUUAGCUGAAGUUCUUCACCAAGAAGAUAAUCGUGUUGCCAAAAGAGUUCAGUCAUCGCUCACUUCUAUCAACUCCUUGCCCUCAGACGAUGAGGGUGAAGGUUCCUCUAGGGGAUCAAGUGGAGCUGAUGUAUUCGGCAAAAGGUCUAGUGUUGUGGUACAGGAGCAGAGUGUUGUGUUUUCUGGAGAGGACACAAAUAAACUUGCUGUUGAUGUGGCCUGUCCCCCUGACUCUGAAACGGUAGAUUCCCAGGUGGUAAAAUCUGUUUUCCAAUUGGAAGUAGAAUCCAGCAUUGUUGAUAAUUCUGAUGUGAGACUGGAGGAGGCAUCUUGCCUUGAGACCUCGAAAGGAUCUCGUAGUGAACCCCAAACAGCAUGCCCUUCAAGUAACUCUGCCACUAGUAGCACUGACCUGGUAAAACGAGGCAUGGUAGAGAAUUAUUUCGGCUCAACUUCCAGCACAGAUGCAUCAGAGAUCAGCCCUGUAGAAACUUCUGCGAUCACUCUGGGAAUCCAAACAGGACCUCAGAUUGAGGAGGAUGAGGACGAGAGUGAGCAUGAAAUGAUAGAGAAUGGCUACUACGAGGAAGGAGACGGCUAUGCUUUUCUCAAUGGUGUAGCUGAUGAAGAGCCAGCCAGUAUUGAUGACAUGGCUGGUCAGGAGACACAACUUCUGUUUGAGCAGCUUGGCAUCGACAACAUCCACGAAAAGCAGGAUUCAUCCAAAGCUCCUGUCCGCUGCGAUGUCGCCUCUGGUAGUAUUGGGCAGAGCGCAAGAAGGCGCUAUCCAUCUACCUCAAUGUCUUGUAAUCUAAAGUGGUAUGAAUGUGUUCCUACACCACUGGAGAAAGAGUUCAUCAAGGCUAAGGAAGAAAUGAAGCAAUUGAAACUACCAGGCAUCUUGUACAGUGAAGUGCCAGAGUUGGCAUCCACAGUACCCUACUUCAGUUUGGAAGAAGAUGAAAGCUGUGACGAGGGCAUUCAUCUUAUCAUUUGCGUGCAUGGCCUGGAUGGCAACAGUGCAGACCUCAGAUUAGUGAAGACUUACUUGGAACUUGGGCUCCCUGGUGCUCGCAUUGACUUCCUUAUGUCAGAGCGAAACCAGAAUGAUACCUUUGCUGACUUUGAGUCAAUGACAGACAGGCUGUUGGAUGAAAUAGUCCAGUAUAUUCAAAUUUACAACCUCACUCUUUCAAAAAUAAGUUUUGUGGGUCACUCACUGGGGAACCUGAUAGUCCGCUCUGUACUGACUAGGCCCAGGUUUAAAUGUUACCUGAGCAGGUUACACACCUUUCUUUCCCUAUCUGGACCUCAUUUGGGUACAUUGUACAACAGCUCAGCACUUGUCAACACGGGCCUUUGGUUCAUGCAAAAGUGGAAGAAGUCAGGAUCACUGCUACAGCUGACUUGUCGUGACCACUCAGAUCCUCGACAAACAUUUCUCUAUCAGCUCAGCAAGAAAUCUGGUCUGCAGUUUUUCAAAAAUGUGGUUCUGGUUGGAUCGCUACAGGAUCGCUACGUCCCCUAUCAUUCAGCACGGAUAGAGAUGUGCAAAACUGCAGUAAAGGAUAAACAAACUGGUCCCGUAUAUGCUGAGAUGAUUGAAAAUCUGCUGCUGCCAGUACUCCAGAGCAAAGACUGCAACCUCGUCCGAUAUGAUGUCAUCCAUGCGCUUCCCAACACGGCCAAUUCUCUCAUCGGUCGGGCUGCCCACAUCGCUGUCCUCGAUUCCGAGAUCUUUUUGGAGAAGUUCUUCCUUGUUGCCGCCCUCAAGUUCUUUCAGUAAAUCUGAAUGUGGGCAAGGGAAUGUGGAGCUAAUACCUCACUUCAUCUGAAUUUUUUUUUUACCCAUGACCAUCGUUGGACUACAGACUAAUAGUAUUUACUUUUUACUAAAAUAAGACAUGCAUUAUUAUUUUCUUUCUCUUUCUCUUUGUUCAGAUUUUAUGGAGAAUGUUUUUAUUUUUCUACUGCCGGUGUUGUGUUAAAGUCUGGGGACGGGUAAUGUUUUUCCCAAGUUUUUUUUUUUUCUUUUCAUUGUUAUUUAUUUAUGUUCCUCUAUACAUUAUUCAAUUUAUAUUACCUGUUGAAAUGAAAAUAGAGCUGCUAUGAUGUUAAAAUGGCAAGGCUGCACAUAAUGUCAACAUUUGGAAACCUUUCCCGCCAGUUUUUAAAGACUUUGCAUCCAUUUGCACCACAAUUACAUUUUGCUAGCUUUUGUACAGAAAUGUCAUUUGUACAGGUUGCUUUUGUAUUGACUAUUUUCCAUCCUUUUUAAAAGAAAAGACUGGAUUUUAAAUAGUAAUCUUGUGCUCAGAAUUUGAUGCUUGUGUUUGUUUUUAAUCCUUUAUGCAGCAUUGUGCACACCAACACAGUGUUGGAGAAAAUAAAGCUAGAGCAUAACAUGUUAAGUAAUGUUCAUUGAGCAAAAGCACAUUUGGUUCGUAUCACCUGUUUUAUUGAAAGUAUUUGGUGAUAUUGAGCGAUUGAGUCAACUGGAAAGUAUUGCUUGGAUUUUAAAACAUGUUUAAUGGGUAAAUGUUCAAAUAUUAUUUUUACCAUUAAAAUUGAUCAUUUGAAACCUUACAGUAUUUUGAUUUAAGAUUGUUUAUUACGCACCGGAUAUAGACGGGAGAAAGUGGAUUGGAAACCAUUAGGCUGUCUGUCCAAUAAUACCUGUCUGCGGCCGAUAGCCGUUACAAACAACGCCCACAUAAUGCUACGGUAGAUAUCACAUGUAUAUAGAACCAGAUGCGAAAUGGCAGAGUCGGCGGCCUUAGAACAUGUAUGGAGAACUAGAUGCAAAACGACAAGACUCGCCAGCGUUAGUAAACAGCCACCAUCUUAAAGCAGUAGACUUCUCAGGAAGGCUCUGUUUUAGUGAACCUUCCUUGCGAACCUAAGAAACUUUAUCUAAACUCCUAAAUCGACAAAAUCUUGACUUGAAUCUAACUUUAAAUGAUGAAGCCGUUUUAAAACUUUCAUAUGUCUAAAGUAGACAGAAGGGAACUGAUGCAAUAACGGGAGCAAUUGAUUCACAACAUUAAAUGACUUCCAAACAUUGCAAAGGUUAAAAAGUUGCAAAGGUUUCGGCUUGGACUCACUCGAGCAGAGUCCGAUGGCUAACUGGGGCCCUGGUGGCCAUUU